UUCCACGUAGUUCAUCAACAUUAAGUCAAGGUAGAAAAAGUGGAAUACCAACAAUUGGUAAACAACAAAGACCAAGUGUUCCUACUCCGACACGACCAUCGACAUCAAAUGCAAUUCCCUCAUCACAAUCAUCGGAUAGUAUGAUGGCAACUCGAAAUAUUCGAGCACCAGCAUCAAUCACACGGCCACAAAUUCCGGACACUGUUUCACCUACAUCAUCAUGGAAUGAAGGAUGUUAUUAA